GCUCCGUCGUGCAAGCACCCUCUCCCUCAUCCUGGAUUGUUGGUUCUCUGCCCUGUUGCCCGUUUAUUUUGACUAGAGGCAUACCUCGAGGGCUGUUGUUUUUAUACAUUUAUCCACAACCAGAAACAGCAAGGAGUAACGAAUCCUGAGCUCAGUAUGAACGGUGAUACGUAUUCGUCCAGAGACUCUGGCCGCUCUAGGGACUAUUACCGCGACGAGCGACGAGAGCGCGGAGACAGAGGAGACAGAGGAGAUAGAAGACGUUCGAGAUCCCCCCACUACAGCUCUAGAAGUUCCCGACGCGAAUAUGAAGUAGAUACGUACUCGUCGAGCCGUGACUAUCGCGCCAGAGAACGGGAGGACCGCUACUCCAGUCGGAGGGAUGAUCGUGAAUGGGACCGAGACCGCGGCGGAGAUCGUGGCGGAGAUCGCGGCGAUCGCCGACGCAGAGACUUCGAUGACCGGUCAUCUCGACGCGACAGGGAUCGGGGAGAUUUGUUCGAAGAAAGACCUAGACGAGACGGCAGAGACCGCGACCGUGAGCGCGACCGCGGCGAACGUGGCGACCGCGGCGACAGGAGAGAAAGGCGGAGGAGUGCGUCACCACCUCCCCGGAAGAGGGAAGCGACGCCCGACUUGACAGAAGUACAAUCGGUUCUGCACCGGAAACGUCGUCUGACGCAGUGGGAUAUUAAGCCUCCUGGUUACGAGAAUGUGACUGCGGAGCAGGCCAAGUUAUCAGGCAUGUUCCCUCUUCCUGGUGCCCCACGACAGCAACCCAUGGAUCCUAGUCGCCUGCAGGCUUUCAUGAGCCAGCCCGGUGCUGGAACGGCAGAGAGCGCCUCUCUGAAACCAUCCAACUCCCGCCAGGCCAAGCGCUUGUUUGUAUCCAAUCUUCCUGCGAGCGCAACGGGAGAGAACUUGCUGUCUUUCUUCAACCUUCAGCUCAACGGUCUGAAUGUCAUUCACAGCGUGGAUCCUUGUAUUUCAGCCCAAGUGUCCGAUGAUCGUAGCUUUGCACUCCUGGAAUUCAAGACGCCCAACGAUGCUACAGUCGCACUUGCUUUCGAUGGAAUUACGAUGGAUGAGAAUGAAGCUGCUGGCAACGGAGCGGCGAACGGAGCACCCCAGGGCCUUGAAGUACGGCGGCCCAAGGAUUACAUUGUUCCAAGUGGCAAUGAGCAGGAAUACCAAGAGGGGGUAUUGUUGAACGAAGUCCCCGACUCGCCCAAUAAGAUUUGUGUGUCAAAUAUCCCUCAUUACAUCCCGGAAGAGCCUGUCACGAUGCUUCUCAAGUCCUUCGGCGAGUUGAAGUCUUUUGUUUUGGUUAAGGAUGGCUCAACGGAGGAGUCUAGGGGAAUUGCAUUCUGCGAGUACGCUGAUCCGAAUGCGACGAGCAUUGCCGUGGAAGGACUCAACGGCAUGGAAUUGGGUGACAGGCAUCUCAAGGUUCUGCGCGCUAGUAUUGGAAUAACGCAGGCUGCCGGACUCGACAUGGGUGUCAAUGCGAUGUCGAUGUUUGCCAAGACCACUUCUCAAGAUUUGGAGACCAGCCGUGUGCUGCAGUUAUUGAAUAUGGUGACGCCAGAGGAGCUCAUGGACAACGAUGAUUACGAUGAAAUCUGCGAUGAUGUGCACGAGGAGUGUUCGAAGUAUGGUCAGGUGGUUGAACUGAAGAUUCCCCGUCCCUCCGGCGGCAGCAGACAGUCUCCUGGUGUCGGCAAGAUCUUCGUCAAGUUUGAUUCGGUGGAAUCAACAACCAAUGCGCUGAAGGCGCUUGCUGGUAGGAAGUUCUCUGACCGGACCGUAGUGACGACCUACUUUUCUGAGGAAAACUUCGAUGUGAACGCCUGGUAGUGUAGACAGUGGGAGUGGACGUCGUUCGAUUGCUCUAGUUUUUCUACAUUUCUUGACCAUUAAAGAUGCUUAAUCGAUCAGAUUCCCUGGGUUGACCGGACCUGGUGCAGGCGUGUCUGUCCGGGGUUAUACAUUUAUUGCGUGUGUAUCAUAGCGAGAAUAUGAAAUUGGAGUGUAUCAUCUAA